CACUUUGAAUUUUCGUAUCGUUCAGUUCAGUUCAGUGUGGAAAUAGCUCCUAGGAGGCUCAGAAGUCGCCCACCAUCCAUUCCUGUGUGAAGAAAAUCCUUCGUUUGUCCAUGUUGGUAGUCUGCCAUAUAGGCGUUGUUCGAGGCGUUCAUUUUUUGUCAUAGUUGCGGAUCGACUGAGAGAUUCCUUGUUGCCGGAUAAAAUAAUAUAGCGAAGAAAAAACGCGACGACCAUCACAAAGUGUGUGCGAGUGUGUAUUAUAAGUAUCCGCCGAAGAGAGUCGCUAGUGUUGUGUGCAGCGCCAAUAUAAAAAAUAUAACAAAGGAAAAACGUAUCUCAUCGGGGCUGUCCGGCUUCUCGUCGAUUCCUUUUAGUAGCGUUCCAGUCAUUUGCGAGAGCAGUGCGUUGUGUAGUCGGUUAACGAGCGUGUUUAAAACAGUGUUGAAGAGUUCGGUUACAUUUUUCACCGAGUGACGUCCAGAGGAAAAUUUGCAGCCGUUUUACCCCAGUGUGUGCAAGUCCAGCAGUGCGUUUUAGCAGCCCCCCGGCACUCAGGAAAAUUAUACAUAUGGUAUAGGACCAACCAGUCAGUUCCAGGCACCGAGGAAACCGAAAAUAGAGCUCAAGUAAUUCGUCGCCGAGUCGCAGGCAAUCGCAUACAAACUUUUCCCAAAACCCAAAUCACACAACCGAAUCGAAAAUGACCGAAACUACCGAAGCUCAAGUCGUUGCCGAGGUUAAGACCCCGUCACCCACGGCAGAGAAUGCGACAGCCACAACGGAGACCCCGGCAGCCGCUACCAACGGGCACGCCGAAGAGCAGCCCAGCGCCGACCAGAAGCCCUCGGAGGAAACCAAUGGGACCGCCGACGACAAAGCGAAAUCCGAACCCAAGGAAGAGGUGCCCCCGCCGAAGGAGAUGCGCGCCGUCGUGCUGACCGGUUUCGGUGGCUUCAAGAACGUCAAGAUCCUCAAGAAGCCCGAACCAGCCCCACAGACCGGCGAGGUGCUGAUCCGGGUGAAGGCAUGCGGUCUCAACUUCCAGGACUUGAUGGUACGUCUGGGAGCCAUCGACUCCCCGCCGAAGACACCCACCAUUCUGGGCUUCGAAUGUGCCGGUGAGAUCGAAGCCGUCGGCGAAGAAGUCGAAGGAUUCAAGGUCGGAGAUCGUGUGGUGGCACUGCCGGAAUUCCGCGCCUGGUCCGAACUGGUGGCCGUCCCGACCAAGUACGUGUACCACAUUCCGGAAGAGAUGACAUUCCAGGACGCGGCUGCCAUCGUGAUGAACUACCUGGUGGCGUACGUUCUCAUCUUCGAUCUGAUUUCACUGCGGGAGGGCAAAUCCAUCCUGCUGCAUUCCGUCGGAGGCGGUGUGGGACAAGCUAUCGUUCAACUGGCGCGUACCAUCCCAAAUGUGACUAUUUUCGGUGUCUGCUCUAAGAGUAAGCAUGAGGCAUUGGCUGCCACCGGAUUGAUCGAUCACCUGAUCGACAGGGCUGACUACGUCAAUGAAGUCAGAAAGAUCACAACCGAAGGUGUCGACGUGGUUAUGGAUUGCUUGUGCGGAGAGGAAUGCAACCGCGGCUAUGGACUGUUGAAACCUAUGGGCAAGUACAUUCUUUACGGUUCGUCGAACGUUGUCACCGGAGAAACCAAGAGCUUCUUCAGCGUUGCCCGUUCGUGGUGGCAAGUGGAUAAAGUAUCGCCAAUCAAGCUGUUCGACGAGAACAAAAGUCUGGCUGGGUUCAACCUGCGACACUUGCUGUACCAGCAGGAUGGUUCGGCGUACGUUCGUUCCACCGUGGAGAAGAUCUUCGGUCUGUGGAAGGAUGGUAAGGUCAAGCCAGUCGUGGACAGCGCCUGGGCUCUGGAAGAUGUUGCUGAAGCCAUGCAGAAGAUGCACGAUCGCAAGAACAUUGGUAAGCUGGUGCUGGAUCCGGCCAUGGAACCGAAGCCAAAACCAGCCACUCCGGCUAAGACCAAGUCGAAGAAACAGGCCAGCGAGGACAAGAGCAGCAAAAAGGAUAAAUCUUCAGAAAACGGUGACGACAAAAAGGACGAAGAAGUUAAGUCGAAUGGAGAAGGUGGUGAUGGCGCUGCUACGACCCCAGAAGCGGUGAACGGCGACAGCUCAGAGAAGAAGGAAGAAUCGGCGGCUGCCACAAAUGGGGAUGCAACUGAAAGUGAGAAAAAGGAAUCAAGUUGAACAGCUUAAGCUAGACCAGCUUGAAGCGAUUAAUCGCUUCACACAAGAACAAAAAAACAUCACCACAGAUCAAAAUCAUGCCAGCAUCAACAGACCCAACCAGCUUACGUCGAAACAAAUCAUCUUCUGAGUCCUACCCUGGAAUGUGCGCAGUGUUCAGUAUCCACCGGUAAAAUGCUCCCCAAACUGCCCAACGUAGUGCAGCUGAUUCUUGUACUUCAUCACAGUAGACUCCAUUUUUUUACAUCCGCUAUUUCCGAGAUUUUAAAUAGUUUAUUUUAUAUUUUCCUCCGUAUCUUCCGCAUUGUGUCCUUGGAAGAAUUUCAAGAAAAGUGUAACAAGGAGUAGGGAAGUUCAGUCCGAUAGUGUAAAACUGACAUGAAAGAGAAAGCAUUCCGUGUUGUGAUUGUGAGUAAUAUUGUGCACCUUUUUUAUGUAAUUCUUCUAAGAGUACGUAUUUUUCAUAAUUAAGUGAAAGUUUUAUGAUCUCAGAUGACAUUUUGUGUCAGUGAUGUUCUAGUUCAUUUGAAGCUCUAAUAAGCAGUAAAUUACAGCAAAUGUAAGCCCUACGCUAUACUACUGAUAGUAACAAACUAUUACAAGCCUCGAAAAUGUUGAAGGUUUCAGGAUGCGGAUGCAAAACUAAGAAAAAACCGCGUUUGUGCAUGUAAGCAGGAGAACACAACCAAACCAUUGAAACAGAUUAGCUUAUGGAUACGGUACACAGAGCAGACAAGAUAUCCAGAUUUCAAUCGAAUUCAUCAUGUUCACUCAUCAACCGACUGGAACUAAGCACAAAGGAGUAGUUCAUCAUUAUCAUUCAGUUGGAUUGUGUUCAUUUCUAGGAGAUGCACGAUCACAUUUUAUCGUCUCAAUUAUUUGAAAUCAGCGGACGACACACACACUGCGUGAGCAAGUAGAAGCAAAUAAAAAAUUAUGAUUUUUAAACUAUGUGUCAUUCAAUAUUGUAAUAUUUAAAUAUAUAUGUUUAAAUCCUAAUGUAUAACAGAAAAGGACGGUUUGAUUGAUUUGAAAAUAUAUAUAUUAGAUUCUUUAUAAUGAGAAAAA